AAAAAAAGAGCGAGAUGAAGAAAUUCUAAGCUCGUAAUUCACACGGUAAAAAAUAGAUAGACGAAUUUGGUAAACACAUUAUGAACCAUCUAUCUAGUUUUUUACUUUAUGCAUUAUUAACACGGAGUUUACUGAAAAUUCUACUAUACAACUGAGGACAAAUCACUCUUUUUAUAUCUUUAAUCACGUGAUUUAUUGAUCACAAACUAUAUUAUUGUUUUAAUUUUUAUUAUAAAGAGAGAGAGAAUGAUUGAAUCCGAGAAGCAAUGGGUUUUGUUAAUUGUUUUUCUCCACACCUCCAUUUUAUAUCUCCAGUCGACGCACCCUCCUCCUCAGGUGUAUUUGGAGGCUUGGUUCCCAAAUCCCAAAGGCCAAAUGGGUUUUUAUUCUUCAGCUAAUUCAUUCAUACAUGCUGCAGUAAUCCAGGGUUUAUGAUGAGUGGCAAGCAGAUGAAAGUAAGUACCCUUAAUUUGAUUUUUCCCUACAUGUGUCUCUAUCUGCUAAAACUUAGGAGCCGUUCUGGUCAGAUAUCAGUUUCAUCACUUGAAACCUAAAAUGCCAAUACUCUAGGGCUCUUUUGGUGCCUAGUAUUAGAUUGCAUUGCAUUGCAUUGCAGGAAAAGUUGAACUUUCAUGGAAAUAGUAUGGAGAUUUAGGUAUUGUUUUCUACACAGAGGGCCAACCCAAAUCAUCAGAGCACUGCGCAUGCUGCCUAUCUGCCACUUUUCAUCGCCAAAGAUGUGUCCAACUAACAAAACCCAGGAAAAUUUCCCGAAACUUUUUGACCGACAAACAAGUAAACUCAAUCAUCAAGAUGUGCAUUCCACUUUAUUGAACUGCCCUUCUGAUUUGAUUGCACUGAGAUUCUUCUUGUGGUGUGCCGGACAACAUAAUUUUUUUCACAAUAAGAUUGUGAUUGAUCACAUGGUUGGUGUGAUCAAGCGCGUGAUGGAACAAUACAGAACCGUUAAAUUGGUUAUUAGGGAACUAGAGAGCAUGGGGUGUGUUGUAAAAUCUCAAACAUUUUUGCUGUUGUUGAGGAUUUAUUGGCGUGGCGAAAUGUAUACAAUGGUCUUUGAGGCUAUUGAGCUAAUGGGUACUUAUGGCUUUACUCCAAACACAUUUGCUCGUAACAUAAUCAUUGAUGCGUUGUUCAAAAUUGGGCAUGUGAAUUUAGCUAUUAAGUUUCUGAAAGAGACCCGAAGGCCAAAUUUUUUGACUUUUAACAUUGCACUGUAAUUUAUGUAAUAUCAAUGAUUUAUAUCACAUUGGAGAUGUGUUUAGAAUGAUGUUGCAAUGGGGAUAUAGCCCCAAAGUGGAGACAUUUGAGAUGAUUUUGAGCUGUUUAUGCAAAAUGGGUAAAAUAGUGGAGGCGCAUCAAGUUUUGGGUCUAUUGAUUACUUUGGGUAUUGCUGUGUCUGUAAAUGUUUGGAGUAUGUUGAUGAAUGGGUUUUGUCGGUUGCAGAGACUUGAUGUGGCUGGUAAGUUAUUGGAGAAGAUGGUUGAGACUGGUUCUUCUCCUAGUAUUGUAACGUACACGACUUUAAUCAGGGGAUUUUUAAAAUCUAAUAUGGUUAGUGAAGCAUUCAAUAUUCUAAAUAUUAUGGAAUCCAAAGGAUAUGCCCCUGACCUCGUUCUUUGUAAUGUGUUAAUAGACUCCUUUGCCAAAGCUGGGAGGUGUGAUGAUGCCAUUAAUGUUUUUGUUAGCAUGCGAUCACGGAACUUGGCUCCUGAUUCUUGUACUGUCUCUUCAUUAUUAUCUACCUUGUGUUUGUCUAGGAGGUUUGAUAUGUUACCCAAGUUGGUUCGUGGACUUGACAUAGAAGCUGACUUAUUGCUAUGUAACUCACUUCUCUGUUAUUUUUGUAAAGCCAAGUUUCCGUCUCUUGCUGUAAAGUUUUAUAAUGAUAUGCUUGAUAAUGGCCUUACCCAGAUAAGUAUACUUUUGUUGGAUUAGUAGAUGGGUUAUGCAAGGCAAAAAGAGUUGAUGAAGCAGUUGAUGCGUAUCAUGGGAUUCUCCAGAGUUUCCCUGGACAGGAUGCUUAUAUUCAUACUGUGGUCAUGGAUGGGCUUAUAAAGGUCCGUAAAUUUAAUGCGGCCAUUAGAGUGUUUAGAAAAGCAGUUGAAGAGGGCUACACCCUUGAUGUUGCAGCAUACACAGUUGCCAUUAUAGGGCUCUUUAUGGGUGGUAGAGCUGGAGAGGCUUGGUCACUCUAUUGCCAGAUGAAGGAAGUCGGCUUGGCUCUUACUGUACAUACAUACAAUGUAAUGGUCUCUGGUUUUGUUAAAGAAAGAGAUCUUAAUAUGGUUAAUUUACUGCUACAAGAGAUGAUAGAAGCAAAAGUAGAACUGAGCUCCAAUACUUUCUUGAGAUUAUCAAAAUUCCUCUGUAGACCAUAUCUUUCUAGUUCAGUUAUUGAACUAUGGAUUGAGAUGAGAAGUUUGGGUUUGAUAUCUUCUAAAGUAGUGCAAGAAUUACUUUCUGAUGAAGUUGCCAAAGGCAUGAAAGUAGAUGAUGGCCUAAUUGCAAUUUCAGACGUUACUUCAGAAACUGAUCGAUCUGUGGAGGCAUCUGGCUCUGAAGACGUUUAUGAUGUGGCUGCUUCAAUGGCUUGAGAUUUAUAGUGGUUAAGAUUUGCCUCUUCAAUGUCUUCUCUUGGAAUUGACAGUUUAAAUGGCAUUUCAUCUAGCAUGCUAAAGCUGGCUCCUAUACUCGUCAGAGUUGCUUAGUUUGGGCUUAUGUACGUGGUCAACAAUCCUACAAAUAUCAGCAUUAGUUUGCCCAGUUUAUUAAAGUUGUCAUGACCUAGUUAUUGUGGGGUUAUGGAUGCCCAAUGAGAACGCGGGAGAACAGGGUUAACCAUUUGACUUGAGCAGGUGCGUCGGCUUUUGGGGAUAGACUUAUACUCCCAACUUCAUACCAAUAGAGCAAUUGGGCUUCAUAUCUAUCUGCUUUGUUAAUAUGGAACUUCUGAACAUAUAGAGUUCACUACAAUAAGCUUCAGUCCAUUGGUUCUCUGUGGCGUCACUGCCUUUCUCGGUUGCAGGCCAUGUGGGAGAGGAAGGAUGCGAAUCAGUCUUGCACUCAAAACAAAACCACAAGAGGCCCAAAGGAAAUGCAACUGGUUACUUGUUGGCAACAACGUGCAUGCUGAUUUGAGUCUUUUACAUCUAUGCUUGCUAACUAUAAAUGACUCUUGAAUAUUUGCAACUGGUUACUUGUUGGCGACAACUUGCAUGCUGAUUUGAGUCUGGAUACUAAUUCUUUUGAGGAUACCAUAUUAAGAUUGUGUUUUGUAAGAGAGUUGUAGAUGUUAUUUUUAAUUACUUUAGUCUAAAGUAGAGUUCCGAAUUGGCACUAUUCAUGUUGCCUAUGGAAUGGGGUCUCUAUUUUGCUUUAAUUACAAAGCUGCCAUUGUGUGUGUGGGAUGUGCUUCGGCCAAAACACCCCGAUUGGGCCGCUACAUUUGGGCCUGGGAAACGGCUCCUUUGGAAGAGAGAGAGAGAGAGAGAGCGCAGAGAGGAAGAUGACGGAAAUUGAGGAGGAGGCCCAUGCCUGCAGAGAGUGAGUGAGAUCUGACAGCUACCCACUAAUUUAGGCUUCCAACUGUCGGUGAUCGAGAGAUUGCUGGGGUAGCUGAUGGCCUGUUUCACAUCGAAUAGGAUCUGAAGCUUUUUGACUUUUGAAGAGCAGCUGCAGGGAAAGUAUGAGGGUUGUUUAGUUGGACUUUUAAUGGACGAAUUCCAGUUUUCAGUGCUUUGGCCACCAACACUAGCAGCAGAAUCAUUUGGUUAUAAUUUUUGGAAAAUUGAGCACUAGGUUAUGUGUGUUUUUGCAAGAAAAGCUGGAACUUUUUUGUUGAGAAAGAAGAUUGAUACUGAUUCAUGGAAAUAGUAUGGAGAUUUAGGUAUUGUUUUGUGCCCAGAGGGCCAACCCAAAUCAUCAGAGCACUGCGCAUGCUGCCUAUCUGCCACUUUUCAUCACCAAAGAUGUGUCCAACUAACAAAACCCAAGAAAAUUUCCCGAAACUUUUUGACCGACAAACAAGUAAACUCAAUCAUCAAGUUGUGCAUUCCACUUUAUUGAACUGCCCUUCUGAUUUGAUUGCAUUGAGAUUCUUCUUGUGGUGUGCCGGACAACAUAAUUUUUUUCACAGUAAGAUUGUGAUUGAUCACAUGGUUGGUGUGAUCAAGCGCGUGAUGGAACAAUACAGAACCGUUAAAUUGGUUAUUAGGGAACUAGAGAGCAUGGGGUGUGUUGUAAAAUCUCAAACAUUUUUGCUGUUGUUGAGGAUUUAUUGGCGUGGCGAAAUGUAUACAAUGGUCUUUGAGGCUAUUGAGCUAAUGGGUACUUAUGGCUUUACUCCAAACACAUUUGCUCGUAACAUAAUCAUUGAUGCGUUGUUCAAAAUUGGGCAUGUGGAUUUAGCUAUUAAGUUUCUGAAAGAGACCCGAAGGCCAAAUUUUUUGACUUUUAACAUUGCACUGUGUAAUUUAUGUAAUAUCAAUGAUUUAUAUCACAUUGGAGAUGUGUUUAGAAUGAUGUUGCGAUGGGGAUAUCACCCCAAAGUGGAGACAUUUGAGAUGAUUUUGAGCUGUUUAUGCAAAAUGGGUAAAAUAGUGGAGGCGCAUCAAGUUUUGGGUCUAUUGAUUACUUUGGGUAGCGCUGUGUCUGUAAAUGUUUGGAGUAUGUUGAUGAAUGGGUUUUGUCGGUUGCAGAGACUUGAUGUGGCUGGUAAGUUAUUGGAGAAGAUGGUUGAGACUGGUUCUUCACCUAGUAUUGUAACGUACACAACUUUAAUCAGGGGAUUUUUAAAAUCUAAUAUGGUUAGUGAAGCAUUCAAUAUUCUAAAUAUUAUGGAAUCCAAAGGAUAUGCCCUUGACCUCGUUCUUUGUAAUGUGUUAAUAGAUUCCUUUGCCAAAGCUGGGAGGUGUGAUGAUGCCAUUGAUGUUUUUGUUAGCAUGCAAUCACGGAACUUGGCUCCUGAUUCUUGUACUGUCUCUUCAUUAUUAUCCACCUUGUGUUUGUCUAGGAGGUUUGAUAUGUUACCCAAGUUGGUUCGUGGACUUGACAUAGAAGCUGACUUAUUGCUAUGAAACUCACUUCUCUGUUAUUUUUGUAAAGCCGGGUUUCCGUCUCUUGCUGUAAAGUUUUAUAAUGAUAUGCUUGAUAAAGGCCUUACCCCAGAUAAGUAUACUUUUGUUGGAUUAGUAGAUGGGUUAUGCAAGGCAAGAAGAGUUGACGAAGCAGUUGAUGCGUAUCAUGGGAUUCUCCAGAGUUUCCCUGGACAGGAUGCUUAUAUUCAUACUGUGGUCAUGGAUGGGCUUAUAAAGGUCCGUAAAUUUAAUGCGGCCAUUAGAGUGUUUAGAAAAGCAGUUGAAGAGGGCUACACCCUUGAUGUUGCAGCAUACACAGUUGCCAUUAUAGGGCUCUUUAUGGGUGGUAGAGCUGGAGAGGCUUGGUCACUCUAUUGCCAUAUGAAGGAGGUCGGCUUGGCUCUUACUGUACAUACAUACAAUGUAAUGGUCUCUGGUUUUGUUAAAGAAAGAGAUCUUAAUAUGGUUAAUUUAAUGCUACAAGAGAUGAUAGAAGCAAAAGUAGAACUGAGCUCCAAUACUUUCUUGAGAUUAUCAAAAUUCCUCUGUAGACCAUAUCAUUCUAAUUCAGUUAUUGAACUAUGGAUUGAGAUGAGAAGUUUGGGUUUGAUAUCUUCUAAAGUAGUGCAAGAAUUACUUUCUGAUGAAGUUGCCGAAGGCAUGAAAGUAGAUGAUGGCCUAAUUGCAUUUUCAGAUGUUACUUCAGAAACUGAUCGAUUUGUGGAGACAUCUGGCUCUGAAGAUGUUUAUGAUGUGGCUGCUUCAAUGGCUUGAGAUUUAUAGUGGUUAAGAUUUGCCUCUUCAAUGUCUUCUCUUGGAAUUGACAGUUUAAAUGGUAUUUCAUCUAGCAUGCUAAAGCUGGCUCCUAUACUCGUCAGGGUUGCUUAGUUUGGGGUUAUCUACGUGGUCAACAAUCCUACAAAUAUUAGCAUUAGUUUGCCCAGUUUAUUGAAGUUGUCAUGACCUAGUUAUUGUGGGGUUAUGGAUGCCCAAUGAGAACGCGGGAGAACAGUGUUAACCAUUUGACUUGAGCAGGUGCGUCGGCUUUUGGGGAUAGACUUAUACUCCCAACUUCAUACCAACAGAGCAAUUGGGCUUCAUAUCUAUCUGCUUUGUUAAUAUGGAACUUCUGAACAUAUAGAGUUCUCUACAAUAAGCUUCAGUCCAUUGGUUCUCUGUGGCGUCACUGCCUUUCUCGGUUGCAGGCCAUUGGGAGAGGAAGGAUGCGAAUCAGUCUUGCACUCAAAGCAAAACCACAAGAGGCCCAAAGGAAAUGCAACUGGUUACUUGUUGGCAACAACGUGCUUGCUGAUUUGAGUCUUUUACAUCUAUGCUUGCUAACUAUGAAUAACUCUUGAAUAUUUGCAACUGGUUACUUGUUGGCAACAACAUGCAUGCUGAUUUGAGUCUGGAUACUAGUUCUUUUGAGGAUACCAUUUUAAGAUUGUGUUUUGUAAGAGAGUUGUAGAUGUUAUGUUUAAUUACUUUAGUCUAAAGUAGAGUUCCGAAUUGGCACUAUUCAUGUUGCCUAUGGAAUGGGGUCUCUAUUUUGCUUUAAUUACAAAGCUGCCAUUGUGUGUGUGGGAUGUGCUUCGGCCAAAACACCCGGAUUGGGCCGCUACAUUUGGGCCUGGGAAACAGCUCCUUUGGAAGAGAGAGAGAGGGAGAGAGAUUUCUUGCACGAAUUGGGGGAGAGAAAGAGGGUUUCACGGCAUCAUUUGGGGGAGAGAAAGAGAGGGAGUUGGGUGCAUGAUUUGAGGGUAGAGAGAUGGGGGAAGGCCUCACGCAGAUAAUGUGGCUGUGAGCCAUGCCGUUGCAGAGAGAGAGAGAGAGAGAGAGAGAGAUGACGGAAAUUGAGGAGGAGGCCCAUGCCUGCAGAGAGUGAGUGAGAUCUGACAGCUAACUACUAAUUUAGGCUUCCAACUGUCGGUGAUUGAGAGGUUGCUGGGGAGCUGAUGGCCUGUUUCACAUUGAAAAGGAUCUGAAGCUUUUUGACUUUUGAAGAGCAGCUGCAGGGAAAGUAGGAGAGACAUAGCCAAAAAGAAGCUUGCAUCAUUUGCGGUGAAACCGGAUAUGAGGAAAAAAGUUUUUGCAGUUUCUAUCUUCUGCAUGGUUUCCGGAUGGGGUUGUUUAGUUGGACUUUUAAUGGACGAAUUCCAGUUUUCAGUGCUUGGCCACCAACACCAGCAGCAGCACCAUUUGGUUUUAAUUUUGGGAAAACUGAGCAUUAGGUUAUGUGUGUUUUUGCAAGAAAAGCUGGAACUUUUUUUUGUUGAGGAAGAAGAUUGAUACUGAUUCAGACAUGCGUUUACAUUUUUAUUUUCAACUUUUUGUUAGAGAUUGCUAUGUGAGACUACUACUAACUCAACAUUUGUUUUCCUUAAGAUUUUUAAUCUUAUAGAUUAAUAAUGUUAGUUUCACUAACUUGGUAUGUGAUCAAGUA